AUGUUCGUUAGAGCGCAAGUUCCAAAAAGUAGAACUUCAUUAACACCACAGAAUUUCAAACCAAUUUGCAUUGAAUAAAGGGGAGAUUGUACUCCAACUAGAAGCAAUAACAUUAGUUACUAUGAACACAGUAUACUUAUUUAAGAACCAUCUCAAUAAUCCUUAUAAAAUUAUACUGGAAGAGUUGAAGAGAAAUUACAAAAGAAAGUUAUCAAUUCAAGUGGUUCUAAUUUGAGAAAUAGAUACGUUUCAGAUAAAGAAAAUUUAGUUAGAGUUCCAGGAUAAUCCUUUGGAGGAAAUCAACCAUCAAAUAAAGAAUUAUAAUAAGUUAUAAACAAUAUCAAAAAGUAAAAAGAAGACAUUUGUUAUAAUCUUUCUGAGACAAUUAAAAAAAACAAUCUAAUUUAGGAAUAAAUUCAAGUAUAUUAGUAAUCUAAAUUUUAUUUUAGAUUGUCAAUCAAGAAAUGGAAUAAUAAUCUUUCAAUUAUUAAUCAAGUUUAGAUGAAUUUAUGAAUGAAUUUAAUGAACUUACUCACAAAAUUUCAUAGUUAGAAGAACAAAAUACUAAAUUAUUUGAAUAAAAUGAGCAUCAGAAAUGGUACUUGUAAUAAAUUUAAUGUUAAUCUUCAAGGUAAUUUUUAAUUAAUAUUCUUUAAGAUUUAAUUAAACACACAAUUUUGGAACAGGUUGAUUAGUUAACUUGAUAUAUAUAUAUAUAAAGUAUUAAUAAUUUUUAUAAAAUAUAUUCAAAUGUCAAACUAUACAUCAAGAACAGGAUAGAAAGUAACAAAUAAUUUACAUUUUUAGAUUAAAGAAUGGUUCGGAAUUUAAGUUAUAAUAGAUCCUUAAUUAAAAAACAAAAGAUUAAUACAUAAAGAGACUGUCAUAAAUUUUAGUAAUAUUUCAGCAUUGUUUUUAUGUACAAUUAAUUAUUCGAUUUAGAAAUUCAUGGAUCAGUUAAAUUAUAAAGAAAUUAUUUGAAAAGGUAACUGAAACAAAUAAAAUAAUAGGAAUCUAUGUGUUGAAAAUCUUUUAGAAUUGGUUCUUUCAAAAGAAAAUGAAUUAAAUAAAAAUUAUAGCGAAUAACAAAGUUUUCUGAAAUUAGAUUUGUCUAUGAUAAUUAUAAGCUAGAAGUUGAAGAAUUAAAAAAGUAGAAAUCUAAUAUGCGUUAAAAAGAAUAACCUUAGAAUUUUAGAUUAUCAGAAAAAUUAGAAGAGUAUUAUAUUAAAUAUUUUUAGACUCAAAGUUGGUUGUCCAGUUAUGA